AUAAAGUCACGUCCAUGCAUCUACAAAUACAGUCAUGUUCCAUGCAUCCACGUAUACAGUCAUGUUCCAUGCAUCAACGUAUACAAUCACGUUUCAUGCAUCACGCACCCAUAUAUACAUUCACGUUUUACGCAUCACGAAUCACGUAUAAAAUCACGUCCCACCCAUCACAUACCACGUAUCCACGUGCACAAGUCAGCACUAACGCAUGCCCAAGAGCCUCAACUCCCAUGGAGAUCAUAGUUCGAGAGGCUAGAGAAAAACUGGCAAAGUGCCCGUUCCGGAUGCUGUCAUUAUUCGAACCAAAUUUACAUUUGAUAUAUUGUCUCGCUGAGAUACCAUGCAUCGUUCGCUCAUGA